AUGCCUCCGCCGCCCAACAGGUUCCCGACCGGGCCUACCACAAUAUCGCCCUACCAGCAUCAAUUUCCUCCACAUGGCCAAGGCCACGCCGGGGGUCAUCCGCCGCCGCUUGGGAACCCGGCCUAUAUCAAUCCCAAUGCUCAACUGAACCCUUUCGCCGCCAACGGAGCCCUGAGCCUGGCUGCCGGCCUGAACGCUGCCAGUGGCUUCGGCGCUCACGAUGCUUCGGGGUUGGGCAGCCAUGCGGCGCGUCUGGGUUUCUCUCAGGGUGCCGCUCUCCAACAACACCAUCAGCAGCAGCAACAACAACAUCAUCCACAACAGAGCCAUGGCGUCAUGGUCGACCACCCCACCCGUAAUCAGACCAAGGGUCGUAUACGAGAAGUGUGGAAGCACAACCUUCACGAGGAGAUGGCUGUGUUGCGAGACUUGAUAGAGAGAUAUUCUUACAUAUCAAUGGACACAACUUUCCCGGGCGUGGUUUGCAGGCCAAUGGGCUCUUUCAGAUCUAAGAGAGACUACCACUACCAGUGCCUGCGGGCCAACGUUGACAUGCUCAACGUCAUCCAGAUAGGCAUAACCCUGUUCAACGAGGAUGGCGAGAACCCGCCGGCGCGUCCCAACUCUACCGAUGUCGCGGAGCUAUUGGGUGCCGCAGGCCGGAGGAGUGCGCAACAGGGGCCUUUACCCUAUACGUGGCAGUUCAACUUUCAGUUCUCACUGAAGGAUGACAUGUACAGCCAAUCCCAAAUCGAAUCGCUCCUGCAGGCCGGCAUCGAUUUUGUCGCACUGGAGCGCGACGGAAUCAACCCCAAAGAAUUCGCAUCCCUGAUGAUCUCAUCAGGCAUGGUGUGCGACGAGAGCAUCUCAUGGAUUAGCUUCCACAGUGCUUACGACUUUGGCUACCUGCUCAAGCUUCUUUGGUGCAAUAUGCUACCGGAAGACCAAGACGAGUUCAAGCAGCUGCUGAGGUUGUUCUUCCCCAACAUAUACGAUGUUAAGUACUUCAUGAAGCACCAAAUGAAGCCUCUCAACGCAAUAGGCUUCCAAGGGAUCGACGGUGCUAUCGUGGAUGCUCUGCAAAAGUUCGACCACAAGUCAACACUCGAGACAUUGGCCGAAGUGCUCAAGGUGAAGCGCACAGGGCCUGCACACCAGGCAGGCUCGGAUUCUCUACUCACCGGUCGGGCUUUCUUCCAAAUGCGCGAGAAAGUCUUCGGCGGCAAGCUACCAGAGGACAUUCUGGGUCAGGUAUGGGGACUAGAAGACCCAGAGCCAGGGCCAUCGCUGUCCCUAGCUUCUGCCAAUGCCGCCGCGGCCGGGAACCAAGGUGACGGCGCAAACGGCACUCAAGGACAUCAUUUGCAGCAUCACCAGCAGCAACAACAGCAGAAUGGCCCUAGCACUCCAAAUACCGUUUCUGCUAGCCUGGUGACGACUCCUGGAGCAGUAUCGCACUCUCACAACACAAACGGCAUGGGCGCGGGAGGCAUGGGACCAAUGACACCUGGUGGAGGAGGUGGCGCGUUUGGCCACUUUGCGUUCUCGAGCCACCAACGGUAG